AAAGAGUAUAAAUUCUCGCCAAAGCUAGGGUUUUGCUGCUUGUUGCUGCAUCGACUGCUGCAUCGCCUCAAACCCUAGCAAGUUUGAUUGAAGAAGCAGACUGCAGAUAUGGUUGAGAAAACGAAGGGAAGGAAGGAGGAGGUGGUUUCGAGAGAGUACACCAUCAAUCUACACAAGCGUUUGCAUGGAUGUACCUUCAAGAAGAAGGCUCCCAAUGCCAUUAAGGAAAUCAGAAAGUUUGCAGAGAAAGCAAUGGGAACGAAGGACGUCAGGGUGGACGUGAAAUUGAACAAGCACAUCUGGAGCAGAGGAAUUCGAAGUGUUCCGAGGAGAAUUAGAGUUCGCAUUGCACGCAAGAGGAACGAUGAUGAGGAUGCAAAGGAAGAAUUGUAUUCUCUUGUUACUGUUGCAGAAAUCCCAGCAGAAGGUUUGAAAGGAUUAGGGACGAAGGUCAUUGAUGAAGAAGAUUGAUCUCAUACCAUUUGCCUUCUUGUUUCUCUGGUAUUUGAAGCUUUUGGCAAAUUUUUGUCCUAAAUUUCUUUGAGAGUUAUCUGUCAUUGUCCUCCGAUCGGUGCACUUGUUUAUUUUACUUUCAAUCCCAGUGGAAGAAGCUCUUUUUAGUUAUGUUAGUGUUUGCUUAAUCGUGUUUUGACUUGAGUGUUUUUUCUGUUACACUUGAUUAUUGGCAUCAAUUUCACCUUCCAUUAAUGAACUUGUUUAUUAUUUAA